UCCGGUAAAGUGACCGCAGUGUAACCGGAGUUCGCCGGUAGAGCUACCAUUUAAUUCAGCGUAGAAGAAGAAACGAAGAAAACAACAUGGCGGCGCCCGCGGAGCACGUUGAACCGGACUCCGCAGAGGCAGAUCCUCCAGAAACGGACCACACGGGAGCCCCAGAAGCCGCCAGCGACACAGAAACCUCGGAGCCGGAGCUGGCAGACCCGGACCCGGAUCCCGAUGGGGAUCAGGACGAAGACGAGCCGCCCGAGCCGCAGGUCCGAGACACCCCGGAGGACAUCCGGCUGGAGGCGAUCGCCAACACGGUGGCUCUCCACCCGAGCCGGGACAUCCUGGUGUGCGGGGACGUGGACGGGGACAUCUACGCCUACUCCUACUCGUGCACGGAGGGCCAGAACCGGGAGCUGUGGUCGUCCGGGCACCACAUGAAGUCCUGCCGCCAGGUGCGCUUCUCCGCGGACGGGCUGAAGCUCUACAGCGUCUCGAGGGACAAGGCCGUCCACCUCAUGGACGCGGAGCGGGGCCAGCUGGUGACCCGGAUCCGCGGGGCCCACGAGGCCCCCAUCAACAGCCUGCUGCUGGUGGACGAGAACAUCCUGGCGACCGGGGACGACGCAGGAACCCUGAAGGUGUGGGACAUGAGGAAGGGGACGGACAUCAUGGAUCUGAAACAGCACGAUGAUUACAUCAGUGACAUCGCUGUGGACCAGGCCAAGAGGAUCCUCCUCACCACCAGCGGCGACGGCACCAUGGGCGUGUUCAACAUCAAGCGCCGGCGGUUCGAGCUGCUGUCGGAGUGCCAGAGCGGCGACCUGACCUCGGUGACCCUGAUGAAGCGGGGCAAGAAGGUGGUCUGCGGCUCCAGCGAGGGGACCAUCUACAUCUUCAACUGGAACGGCUUCGGCGCCACCAGCGACCGCUUCGCCAUCAAAGCGGAGUCGGUGGAGUGCGUCGCCGCCGUGACCGACAGCAUCCUGUGCACCGCCUCCAUGGACGGGUACAUCCGAGCCGUCAACGUGCUUCCCAACCGGGUCAUCGGCUGCAUCGGGCAGCACGUCGGCGAGCCCAUCGAGGAGCUCGCCGCGUCCUGGGACUCCCGCUUCCUGGCCAGCAGCGCCCACGACCAGCUCAUCAAGUUCUGGGACAUUUCCAGUUUGCCCAGCACGACCGUCAACGAGUACCGCAAGAGGAAGAAGAAGGACGGGAGGAUGAAGUCGCUGUCCAAGAAGGCCCACGGGGACAACGACUUCUUCUCUGGACUCGUAGAGGAGACGGUGAAGAAGGAGGAGGCCGUGGAAGAGGAGGAGGAGGAGGAGGAGGAGGAGGAGGAGGAGGAAGACAGUGGCAGCGACUAACAGAAUGAGUUGUGGACCAACAUCUGGGCUUCUCCUGUGGACUGGAAACAAACCACCUGAUGAAGAGUCCCAGAGGAACAACUCUUCAUCCACAAUGAACUGUCGAUUUCCUCAAUUAAUUCAAUUUAGUUUUUUUAUUUAUUUACCUCGGCCGGUGUUUGGAAAAACUUUACAAAAGAAAAUUAUAAUUUUAAAUACAAAUAAUUAUCGUAUUGUAUUGUUUUCUGUAAAAAGUCUGGUUUUGAAACAAUGUCAAUGUUUUUGGUGACAUUUAUUUUAGACUGUUGGGUGAAUUUGUGGGAAAUAAAUGUAUUUGUAUACACAUAACAAGUUUAUAAAUAUGUGCAACUUA